UCAGCCUCUGACGUUUUAAGAUCAUUCGGUGGGAUAUAUAAACCGUCCCAGCCCACAUGCGGUCACUCGCUGGUCUCAUCAUCAACAAUGAGGGCUAUCAUUCUUUUCUGCGUGGUGGCGUUGGCUGUGGCCGACCAGGGGGCCAAAAUCAUUGACCACCAGUACGGCAUCGAGGAGGAUGGCUCCUACGAAGCCAGCUACGAGACCACCAACGGCAUCACCGCCAACGAGGACGGCAUCUCGUACCCGGGCAACGAGCCGGAGACUGGCAACUACGUGAGGACUGGCUCCUACUCGUACGAGUGGGAGGGCGUCACCUACACCGUCGACUGGACUGCCGACGAGAACGGCUUCCACCCGGAGGGUGACCACCUGCCCGACUUCAGCCACACCCGCGAGCACAUCGGAGGCGUUGCGGACUCGGUGUAAAAAAUCCAGCAGUCGAUAAUAAAAAUAAUUUGUUUGGUAAAUUAAUCUUCAGUUAGAAUAAUCAGCCCUUAAUGUAAAACAGCAACAUUAUAUAUUUUCGUCUCUGAGCAAAGGUCCACCGUCAUGUGUGUGUGUGUUGUGUGAAAAUCGUGCUGCGUCCUUGGUUCAUCUGUUGUGACAAUGUCAUACACUUUUGCGAGGA